AUGAGACCAUUUGACGCGCAUCAGUGCAAAGGGAGGGGAAGGGGCGUCUUUGCAGACAAAGCUGCCGAGUAUCUGCCCGUCAUGUCGGAUGAUGCUGAGAAGAAUGAGGCUCCCCCAGGCGAGCAGGAGCCGCAAGAGAAGGAGGAGCAGGCCCAGGAGCAAGGAAAGCCACAGGAUGAGGCCCAGGAGCAGCUGCAAGAGCAGCCUCAGUCGCCCCCGCAGAGCCCCACGACAUCGGAGGUCCCUGCGUCACCUGUGAUGGUGACAGUGACCAUCGAGGAGGAGUCGGUGGAGGGCCCGCAGCAGAACGGGGAGGUCCUGGGGCUGAAGGCCGGCUCGGCCGAGGCGCUUGGAACGGCCCCUGCCCAGCCCACAAGCCCCCCAGCCCGCUCCAAGUCCGCCUCCCUGAAUGACCUGAAGCCCCAGAACAGCAUCAACGGGGGGCCCCGGGCUGUCGUGAAGAGCAGCUUGUCCGGCUCUCAGGUACACCUGGCGGGAGCGGCCGGGUCGCCACGGGCCAGCCUGAGCCGGCAGGCCUCGGCGGCCGAGUCCGCAGCUGGCGAGGCUGGAGAGAAGCCCCGGGACUAUAUAUUCAUUGCUGCGCUGUCCUGCUUCUGCCCGAUCUGGCCCAUCAACAUCGUCGCCUUCGUCUACUCUGUCAUGUCUCGUAACAGCUUCCAGCAAGGAGACAUCGAUGGGGCACGGCGUCUGGGAAGGGUAGCGAAACUUCUGAGUGUCAUUGCACUGGUCGGAGGGGUGCUCAUCAUCGUGGCCUCUUGCGCCAUCAACUUUGGAGUGUUCCCGUGA